AUGGACAAAAACCAGGCCCGCGGCGAGUCAACGACAGGAAUCAGCGAGUGGAAGCAGCGGCCGCCGUACCGUGUACACGAGCCCAACGAGCACUUCGAUGCAAAGUAUGAGGCCAACUGCCACUGCGGGAAGGUCAAGUACCAGCUGAGCAGGCGGGAGCCACUGGACAGCAAGCUCUGCCAUUGCACGACGUGCCAGACGCAGCAUGCCGCGCCCUUCCAAUGGGCCGCCAUCUUCCACAAAACCGACAUAAACUUCACCAAUGGUCACCACGAACUCGAGUGGUACGACCCCACGGACAAGUCCAUCGAGCACAAGCUACCCUGCAAAGUGCGCUGCUCGUACUGCCAUUCUCCCAUCAUGGAUGAGGGCCGCAACAUGAUACUCCUAUUCCCUUCUCUUAUUCAUCUUAAGACCGACGAGGACAAAGCGUUCUUCAAACCACGUUGCCAUAUGUUUUAUGGGCAGAGGGUUAUGGAUAUCCCGGAUGGACUGCCCAAAUGGAGUGGACUCAGCGACUCUAGCGAUUUGAUUGAGGAUAGUCCGCCGGAGAGAAGGUCAAGGAAUUAG